GUUGACUGAACACCGUCAGUUGUUUUUGGAAAAAAAUUAGCAUACAGCACGAAUGCUAAGAAGUCACGAGCAAUAUCGCACGGGUUUUGUCGAGUUGACAAAUGUUCUUUACUUCAUCGCUUUUUCUUGUCGCCAUAUUGUACAGCAGCGUUUCUGACUUUGGUUUAGCAGAAGAUAGCUCGUUAGAGCACCACUUGGUCGAUGGAAAGUCCGAUUGUUUUGACGAGUGUCAAAAACUACGUUCAUCCAAAGCAAAGGUUGGUACCAACUGCCGCCAAAUGUGUUUGAAUGGAAGAAGAAGGAAGAGAUCAAUAGACGAUGGCCAGGCGCCCAGUAAAUCAGAGGUAGGAAUGCAGCAAACGAUGGAUAUAUUUAUCCCAAAAGGAGUCUUCACCACAAAGCGUUCUGUCAGUGGAACCUCAGAGCCUAAUACAAGAGAUCGUCGAUUUAAUUCAACAAAAGGAAUUAUCUUCAGCACAAAACAUUAUGUCAGUGGCACCGCAGAGCCCAAUACCAGUGAUCGUGUCUAUUAUAUCAGUGGUGCCGUGUCGGGGGGAGUGCUGGUUGGCAUUGCUUUGUUACUUGCUGUGUAUUUUCAUAGAAGGCGAUCGGAUUCMUCCGGRAUAUAUACGCCAGAUCCUWURAAUACAAAAUAUGACACGUCCAUUAUAUUCAGCUCGAAAGACGAAAAAUUCAUCGUGAAAAAACUUUUACCAUUUCUUGAAGGAGAAAAGCAUUUCAAAUGUUGCGUUCAUUUCAGGGACUGGGAACCAGUUAUGGUAGGGAGGCUUGACAUUAUACACUUAAUGACUGUUCCCAAGGGAAACGGUUAUGGCACCGCAGAGCCCAAUACCAGUGAUCGUGUCUAUUAUAUCAGUGGUGCCGUGUCGGGGGGAGUGCUGGUUGGCAUUGCUUUGUUACUUGCUGUGUAUUUUCAUAGAAGGCGAUCGGAUUCMUCCGGRAUAUAUACGCCAGAUCCUAUGAAUACAAAAUAUGACACGUCCAUUAUAUUCAGCUCGAAAGACGAAAAAUUCAUCGUGAAAAAACUUUUACCAUUUCUUGAAGGAGAAAAGCAUUUCAAAUGUUGCGUUCAUUUCAGGGACUGGGAACCAGGUGAAGUCGUUCCCACCAGCAUGGCAAAAAUGGUGUACAACUGUAAAAAAGUCAUAGCCGUAAUAUCGAAACAUUUCCUGGCCAGUAAUUUUUGCCAGGAAGAACUAAAUAUGGCGUUAGGUCGACUCGCCCACCAAGGAGACUCAUCUCUUAUUGUUAUAAAUCUUGAUGGUGUUGCUGUGGAAGAACUUCCACCAGCUUUACAAACAAGAACAUUUUUAGAUUUGACGAGUUCAACAGAAAAAAAGACUUGGAGAACAAGACUUGAAAGACAAAUAAGCGCGGAAAACUCAAGGAUAGUUUAUAGCGAUAUAUUUGAAGAUGAUAAUAAGAGAAACAGUGAGAGGCUUCUUGAAAGAGAAGAGACGUCUAGUGAAAAUACCGUCGGGAGGUUAUAUAUUAGUGGUGGCUACAGUCAURUUAAUGAUUGUAGUACAUCUAGUAAUAGUGAAAGUAGUAUAGSUAUUCAGGUAUAARCAAACUGGGCUCUCAGAGCUAGUUGAAUUSACAGCAUCAGUGCUGCGAUAMUAGUUGCCCGCUAAAACUGGAUGUUCCGAAAAGUAAAYAGUUGCUAAAGAAAGCUGUUCGAGGGCAAUGAAGUUUUGAGGAAGAACAUCCAAGAGCAACAAUCAAAGUAAAAUACCACAGAAAAUUCAAGAUAGAUAGAUAGAUUUGUGUAWAUAAAUCUGAAUUACAGGCGAGUAAGCUUUUAAAACAGCUCUAUUGUUUUUAUUUUUCGACUUUUGRUAUUAUCACUCCACGGCGGUCACUAUCAGGUGGUCRACUCUCCACCARUUAGAGUGRAGGAAAU